CUGGCCCAGCCUUUUGUCCUGUAGAUAAGAUGGCCCAGUCUUUCUGGAGCUAUUACCAAGGUGGGAACUGCUAUCCAAGAACAUGUUUCUCCCAUUCUAAUCCAGGAGUGAGUCCUGCCAUGUUUGAGAACUGCACCGGUUGUGUUAUGUGCUCCGAAGACAACGGCUGUGUCUCCUGCCAGCAGCGCCUCUUCCUCCUCAUCUGGAGGGAUGGGAUCCGGCAGUACGGGGCCUGUGUCCACGCCUGCCCACUGGGCUACUACGGGCAGCGAAACCUGGAAGUCAACCGAUGCAUGAAAUGCCGGUCGCCCAACUGCGAGAGCUGUUUCAGCAAAGACUUUUGCAUGAAAUGCCAAGAGCGCUCCUACCUGCACAAGGGGAGAUGCUUAAACACCUGUCCCCCCAACACCAUGGCCUGGCACAGCACCCGGGAAUGCCAAGAAAACUGCGAGGCAGCCCCCUGGAGCAAUUGGAGCCCCUGCACCAACCAAGGGCGGAUGUGUGGGCGCAAGUGGGGCUCAGAGAUCCGAGUUCGGGAGACCCUCCGGAGCGGGAAGGAUGAGGCAGCCCUUUGUCCAGUGCUGUCCGAGUCCCGGAAUUGUCGGCUGAAGAGACAUUGUCCUGGAGAGAAGAAUGAAAACAUGAGGAGGAACAAGAAGGAAAGGCAGGAGAGGAGGAGGAAGAAAAAAAUAGAUGCCUUCAAGGUCACUUAAUGAACUUCAGACCGAGGGGGUUUGCCCUGGAGGUGGUCAUCAACACCCAAUGAAGUCCAUCAAGGAGCUCCAUCACUGGCCAAAUAAAAAAAAAAUUAGGAUGGUUUCUAUCUCUUUCUUUCUGCCUUUCAAGGUCCCUGCUCUUCAGUUCCUGGAUUCUCCUCUGAGCUUCUCCACCAUGAAGGUUCAUGGUGCCUCUUGACCUUCUCUCCAGCGUGGUUGGACAACAGAAGGUGGAAGAUAGAUCCCAUGCACCAUCUUUCCAUAUCGGUGUCUGAAGCAUCAUCUCCCUACCUUUCAGGAUCCAUCCACCUCUCCGUCUCAGCACCUUUGACUUUAUGAAAACCAGAACAUCGCCACCCUAGGAACCACCAAGGAACCCAAAUAAAGAAGGGACUAACUCUUGCUCUUUGACCUGCUAUGGAAGAGGGGAAUGAUGGACCAUCCAGAAGAGCUGAAGACCACACAGAGAGUCCUAUCUAAAAGACCCCGAGAGAUGGAGAUCUGGUGGGAAGGCAAGAUCUCAUCUAGCUUUCUCCUGGUUCUUCCUCCACCUCCCCUUAGAAGUGUUUUCCUGAAAACCCUUUCUCAGUGUUAUUCAUUCUAGAAACAGAAUCGAUUGUCCAACGAACAUGAGUUUAAGAGAAAGGAAGAAUCAAAAUGGGAUUUAGAUGUUGUCCCCAUAUUUUUCCUCACUCAAGAGGUUGAGACGAUUGGGGUCAUGGGCAACCAACCUAUCUAUGCUUCUCCACGGAGAAGACAGACCAUGUUUUCUUCCCAAGAUAGAAGCGAAGCAAACUUUGGCACUGUCUCUAGAGGCAAACUAGACCUCUUGACCGUGGGGAAAAUUUUCAGAAAUUGGUUCGCUGUUGGACAAAACUGACUACUGGGGAUCGGAACGGACUUAUUUUAAUUGAGAAAUUCAUGGGAUCACUUUAGAAAAAAAACGAGCCAGGAUUUAAUGCUUCCAACAGACAGGCCUACGGUGUCCUAUCAGCUCCAGAAAAUAAACAGAAACUUUCAUUGUCUAAGAACCUCCCAGCGACAACUUUCCGACGUCAACCGGACCAUCGGCCAAUCCUUGUAGGCCGAACGAGUUGAUCCUUUCUGCUUUCUGGAUGCGUUGUCUUCCCAUCGCCAGAUCUCGUCCGUGCUUCCUCCAGCAAAAGUUGAAAUUGGCCACAGUGAGGAUGGGACACCUUGAUCCAACCUUAAAAUGGAGAAUGACACACUUGGAGCGACCUAGAACAGGGGUCUCCAACCUUGGCAACUUUAAGACUUGUGGACUUCAACUC